AGGGGGCGCUCUCACUCGACCGUUGUUCAUAUGUCGUGGUUACCCUUGCGUGCACCACAAGCACGUAUGCGUUAAGUAUCACUGCUCGAAAGUGCACCAGGGUCAGUUGCACAAAAACUGCUUUCUAUCCAGUUCCGCGCAAGAUUUUGUCCCGCGGAGAGUCACUCCGAGCGUUCCCACGUACAGCAUCCAGCCUAUGGGCGAUAUCAUGAGCCACGGGAUAUCGUCCGCCAAUUGACGUUGCUUCGAAUUGUCCAAGUUAUUAAGCACACACUUUCGUCAUCAAGCAAGACGUCCGAAUUUCCGUAGUUUCGGAACCUACAAUUUUCCUCUUUACUGGCUCUAUGGAAGAUUUUGCGACACGGUGAUGUCGAGCUCAAAAAGCUGAGUAACUUUUAGCGCCAACCAAAAAGGACAAAACGCAAUCAAUUUGCUCGACGUUCUGUAUAGUACAUCGGUCUUCAGUAGAACGUGCUUCACGUGUGUUCCCACUGAGAAAACGACGCACCGACGUUUCGCUCUCUUAGUCCUCUAUAUAUCCUAUUGCCCGAGACAUGUUUGUGCAACUCUCUUCGGAGUAUUCGUCACUGUCGUCGCAAUUCAAUGUUCUACUGGCGCGAGUAUCACCCUGGCUGGUCGCCCUCCUCGCAUGGGCCUUCGUGGUCAGGCCGCUGGUGCAGUGGCUCAAGAUAUGGGUGGCUCUGAGGCCUAUACCGGGCCCUUGGGACGGCAUUCCUUUUUGGUUCUCCGUAAAGGCCUACUGGACCCACCGGAAGAUAAUCGGGCUCAAGGACGCGACCGCCGGUUUCUUGACUAUUGUGAACGAGCUGACCCGACAGUACCAAUGGAAAACGUUCAAGGUGUAUCUCGGCCCGAUGCCCGUGGUCAUCAUUCAUACUCCAGAUGCGGCUGAGACUCUACUGACGAGCAAAGAAAACUUCCGGAAACCUUUCGUAUACAGGUUCCUGUCAAGCUGGCUUGGCCCGCAUAACCUGGUGACGGCUACUGGCGACAUAUGGCGAUUCAAGCGGCGCCUGUUCACGCCGGCGUUCCACUUUCGAGUGUUGGAGAACUACAUAUGCCACUUCAACGAGAACGGCAACGUGCUCAUCAAGAAACUUGAAAAGCACAUCGACGAGAAGCCGGACGAAGCCCUGGCAACCUUCCCGCUCAUGCAGCACCUGACGCUCGACAUCAUCGGCCGAGUGUCCAUGGGAACGGUACUUGGCAUGCAGACCGACUCGGGCAACCCCUUCGGAAAAAACCUCAACAGAUUAUCCUUUAUGGUAGUCUUGCGGGGCUUCAGGCCAUGGAUGUGGAUACAGCAAAUAUACGACUUCACGUACGAAGGAAAGGUAUUCAGAGAGACUCUCCUUGACAUGGAGAAAUUUAGCAUGUCGGUGAUGCAACAGCGCAAAGAAAAACUACAGGAAAUGGAACUGAGUAACGAAGGCGAUGAUGAGGGCGCUAAUGAUGAAAAUGAUGACGAUGAAGAUGGAAACAGCAAACCCAUUGGGAAGGAGUCCAUUGUACUCGACUACCUGCUCAAAAAGCACCUAGAAGAGAGCAGUUACACCAUCGACGAGGUCAAGAAGGAUAUCGACACCAUUAUAUUUGGAGGAAACGACACGACUACAUCUGCAAUGAGCUGGGCUUUUUACCUUCUUGGACUACACCCGGACAAGCAGGCCAAGGUGCACGCAGAGUUGGACGAAGUCUUCGGUACUGACCGUGACCGGGACGUGACGAAGGCUGACGUCAACCAGCUCAAAUAUCUCGAGUGCUGCAUCAAGGAGACUCUUCGCCUGUUUCCUUCAAUACCACUGAUUGGGAGGCACUUAGAAGAAGAUUUAGUUAUCGACGGCUACCGAAUUCCGAAAGGUGCCAAUGUCUACAUCAACCUGUUCAGCUUACAUCAGAACCCGAAGUAUUUCAAGGACCCGGAAUCGUUCAUCCCCGAGAGGUUCCUGACAGAGGAGUUCACCGCACGCCACCCAUAUUCCUACCUUCCUUUCUCUGGAGGGCCCAAGAACUGCAUAGGUCAGCGAUUUGCCCUUUUGGAAUCUAAGGUGAUCAUGGCUAAACUGCUGCUGAAGUUUUCGGUCGAGUCGACUCGCCCGCUCGACCAGCUGCGAGUGAGCUAUGAGAUCAUCGUAAAAGCCCGUGGUGGCCUGCGCGUCUGGUUUCGGAGGCGUCCUCCAAUCAGCGAUAAGUGGCAGGCGUCAAGGACGUGAAGACUGGACCUUUUUUUUAAGAAUUAUAUGCAUUUUGUAUGUGACUAUUAUAUGUGCCACGUUACUAUUUGUACGUCUUUGCAUUAUUUUUGUGCCAUGUCAAAAUAUAUGCGACACAAUUUUUUCCCUAUUUUUGCCUGUGCGUGUAUUCGAGCUUAAGUAAAAUAAAUCACCUUUAACGUGAAGA